AUGGCGGAUCCUGCUUUAAAACAGUUGGCUAAACAACUCAUCAUACAAGCAGCUAUGGAGAAAGAUAGUGAAGCAGAAUGUGAAAAAUUGCCAGACAUUCCAACUGUUCCACAGACCCCAGAGAAUUCACCGAAGCCUACACCAUCAGGCAUUUUUACAUAUGAACAAACUAUCUUUUUAAUUUCUGCCUACAAGGAGAGAAAAGAAAAGUUCUUAUCACCUACUCACAAGAAAAAAGCACUGUGGCUAGAAAUCACAGAAGAGUUAAACAAAUGUUUUAAAACUGAGUUCACUGUGGCCCAAGUUGAAGGCAGAUGGAAAACACAACUUAGUGCGUACAAGAGGCAUCAAACCGACCAGGCUAAGUCAGGGAAUGAAAGGAAAGAAUUUCUGUAUGAAGAGGAAUUCCAGGAUAUCUUCAGUGAUCGACAUGAUAUAAAUCCAAAGUUUGUGGUUUCAUCUUUAUCCUCAAGCUCAGAUAGUGGAAGUUUCACUCAAGAUGAGCCCUGCACAAGCUCAAGUUCUGGUGAGCCAGCAGGUAUCACAGAUCCCCAGCCCAAAAAGAAAAGGAAAAUUUCUUCCAGAUCUAAUUCUUCUCAAGUUAUCCAUUUUUUGGAAGAUAAUGUUGAAAAUCAAAAUAAAAAAAAUGAAGAAAAUAUGAAAAAAAUUGAGAAAAUGCAUGAGGAGAAAAUGAAAAUAUUUAGUGGUUUCCUCUCAGUUUUUAAGAGUAUGAAAGAUUAAAAUAUUCAUGUCUUCAAAUCUCUGUUUAGCAUUGAAAUGUAGGUCUAUGAAUUCUGAUGUAAUGUUUUGAUUUGUUUCUGCUUUAUAUGGUCUUUUUCCAUCAUGCUGUUUUCAAAUAUGGUUUUUUAUAUUGAUUUUCCAAACUUGUUGUAAUUUUUAAUUGAUAUUUAGUUAUUCACCAGUAACUGACUUUCCAUUUCAAGAUUUGAAAAUUAUCUGUAAUUUAUAGAACUGCUACGUUGGGUGCAACAAUUUGAUGUGUUUACUAUUUUCUUUUACAGGAUAUGCAUAUUUAUGCCACUUGCCAGAAAUAAUAUGCAAAAUAUUGACAUACAUUCCAAUUCCAGAGUUGUACCAUUCUGUAUCUAAAGUUUGCAGUUCCAUGAAAUGUCUUUUUAAGA